AUGGCCGAGUUCGCCAUCAACAAUGAGGUACAUGCAUUGACAGGGCAUACGCAUUUCUUUGUGAACGCCACGCGGCAUUCACGCUUUCCAAGCAUGCUUGGGGCGGUGGCUUCCUCCUUAAGUGGAGGAGGAUCUACGGUUGCGGUCGAACAACCGCAGAAUACAGCUGAUUUGGAUCUAUCAUCCGCGAUGGCACGUGAGAGAGUGAGAGCCCACGCACGACAAGGCGUCGUGUCAGUGCCGGGUACUGACACUGUGAAGAACCACGAGCAGGCGGAACCUGCGACGACCAAUGACAACUGUGUUGAAGUGCGAAAAAGAUCUCACGAGCAAGGCAACCUCGGCUGCCAGAUCGCGAGAUAG